GCCGAGCCGAAGGCUGAGGCCAAGGCCGAUGCCAAGGCCAAGGCCAAACCGCAGGCGAAGGAUGCCCCCAGCAAGGACGCCGCCGACGGCAAGCCCGAGGCCCAGGACCCCCAGGCCAAGUUGGUCGAGGAGGCGAACCAGGAGUACGCCGACGCGCUGAAGACGGAGAAGGUGCGCGUGGACCUGCGAGAGGCGAACCGCAAGGCUGCUGCCGCCGGGCCGCAGCUGACCGGGAGCAGGGACAAGAGCAUGAAGGGCGUCGACCGCUUCAAGAACAAGCUGAAGGCGUUCAAGGGCGAGAGCGAGAUGGACGCUGUCCUCAAAGACCUGAACAGCGUAGACGCCUCAAAGUACGUGCCGGAGAUCGCGGACUGCAUUAUGGAGGCCGCAGGCGUGACGCUGAAGCUCAAGGAGCUCCCUGCAGCCUGCAAGGUCUGUUCCCAGCUCCUCGCCACGUACGAGGACUUUGCAGCGGUGCUCGCCAAGGCGAUCAAGAAGGCGCGCGGGCGGCUCCAGCAGCG